GAUUUAACUAAUCCUUGUGAUCGUCAAGAUGCCUGGAGGAGCAUGCAUCCACUGGUACCGCCAUGGAUUACGUCUCCAUGACAACCCGGCUCUGCUAGAGGGCAUGACCCUGGGGACGGAGUUCUAUCCCAUCUUUAUUUUCGAUAACGAAGUGGCAGGUACAAGCACAUCUGGGUUCAACCGAUGGCGUUUUCUUCACGAUUGCCUGGCGGAUAUUGAUGAGCAGUUGAAGGCAGGCGGAGGGCGACUGUUUGUGUUUCAAGGAGACCCUUGUCUCAUCUUCAGAGAAAUGUUCCUCGAAUGGGGUGUCCGCUAUUUAACCUUUGAGAGUGACCCGGAACCCAUAUGGACGGAGCGAGAUUGUAAGGUCAAGGCACUUUGCAAGGAGAUGAACGUUGAGUGCAUCGAGAGGGUCUCUCACACCCUUUGGAAUCCUGAUCACAUCAUCGAGAAGAAUGGAGGGACACCCCCGAUUACAUAUUCCAUGUUCAUGGAGUGCGUGACGGAGAUCGGGCACCCGCCACGCCCCAUGCCCGACCCAAUUUUCACCAAAGUCAAAAUGAAUAUUCCGGCAGACUUCGAAGAGCGCUUUGGCCUUCCAAGUCUUGAAGCAUUAGGAGUGAGAUUAGAAUGCCCGGAGCAGGAGAAGAAGGUGUGGAAAGGGGGCGAGACCCGCGCCCUGGAACUCUUCCGGGUCAGAAUUCUACAUGAAGAAGAAGCCUUCAAGGGCGGUUACUGCCUUCCGAACCAGUACAUGCCUGAUCUUUUGGGUACCCCGAAGAGCUUGAGUGCCUACCUGCGGUUUGGCUGCUUGUCUGUGAGGAAGUUUUACUGGAAGAUACAUGACACAUACUCAGAGCUGAAGAACGAGGUAUCGCCUUCCCACCUAACAGCCCAAGUCAUCUGGAGGGAAUACUUCUACACCAUGUCCGUCGGGAAUAUACACUUCAACAAGAUGAAAGAGAACCCCAUCUGUCUCAAUAUCGAGUGGAAGAAGGAUGACGAGAAACUGGAGGCCUGGACGGAGGGUCGGACUGGUUAUCCUUGGAUUGACGCCUGCAUGAAGCAACUUAAGUAUGAGGGGUGGAUACACCAGGUGGGAAGGCACGCCACUGCAUGCUUCCUCACUCGAGGUGAUCUUUGGAUCAGCUGGGAAGAUGGUUUACAGGUCUUUGACAAGUACCUUUUGGAUGCUGACUGGAGUAUCUGCGCAGGAAACUGGAUGUGGAUCUCUAGCUCUGCCUUUGAAAAGUUCUUGCAGUGUCCCAACUGCUUUUGUCCUGUCCGCUAUGGUCGCAGGAUGGACCCUACUGGCGAAUAUGUCAGGCGAUACCUGCCAGUAUUGAAGGACAUGCCGAUCCGGUACCUCUUUGAACCGUGGAAGGCACCAAGGGCUGUGCAGGAACGAGCCAAGUGCAUUGUGGGUAAGGACUACCCAAUGCCUAUCGUGGAGCACAAAUCGGCCUCUGCGGCCAACACGGAGCAGAUGGAGAAAGUGAUCAACAGACUCAGAGAUUCAGGCAUCGUCCACUGUGCUCCGUCAACUCAGAAGGAAGUCCGAGAGUUUGUCUGGUUACCUGAGAAGAUGGCUGGUGGCGGAUCGUGCCGGUCCGACCAAAACUGCGAGGGCAUCCUGGGACUGUAAUCCUAAACCGGACGUGGGCCCGCCAAGCUGCCGGCCAUGCACCCACGUCUAGCACAAACUUGCUCGUUCAUUUGUGAGGAUGCGUAUUGUCGUCGAUGUAUCGCAAUCUCAGUGUUUCGAUAUGUGCAAGCCUGCUUGCAGGCGCUAAUCGUUUGAGUGUUUCGUCCGCACUUUGUAUGCCGUCUGUUACAUAUGAGUAGAAAUGCUGGCCGAGUGUGCUUUGGAUUUUUAAUUGUUUGAUAAAGCGGGAUGCACAUCGUGGUACAUGUUCGUCAAAGCACAGCAACACCUUUUUGUGUCCAUGUACGGUAGAACACAUUAAUACUUCUCAUGUGUUAAAAAUGCAUGCGUCAACUGUUCAAAAUGACUUUAUUUAUGUCACUUUUGGUGUAAGGCGUGCAGAUGAACAAAUUUUGCACCAACGUCUAACAGAAUUUGACAGGUUCAAAUUUUUCUGCAGUUCAACGACGAUAAACUUCCCUCGCUUCUGCGCGACGUUUUUUUACCUCGUACAGUUUGGAGAUCUUUGUUGUUAAACCUGAUGGCUACGGGAACCGAAUGGCACCUGUACAAACUCUAUGGGAAUUAGAGAAUUCGGUAUUCAAUAGGUUAACUUCAUUUGCAAUGUCAGAUCAAGUCUAAACUCCUACGAAAACUUUGUGAGCAUGGCAGAAAGCUUCCAUUACGAGUCAUUUUGUACAUACUGAGAAUUUUCUUUAGCAGAGAGUCAGAGGCAAGCUUUUUGCUGUUUACUCUUGAAUAUAGGAAUGCGUUUAUUACAGGGUUUUAUGCUUAUAUUGUUUUAUGUGUAUGAUUUUAUACACAAUUAUCAUACAUGUAUAUUGCCUAUGUGCUCUUUAUAUUUGUAAUACAUGUAUGUGUUAUAAUGGUCAUUUAUGAAUCUACAUGUACAUGUAUAUGUACUUGGAUGUUUGUUAUUCCUGAUAACAGAUAAUCAAAAGAGAUUGUGUGUGUGAGGUGUAUGAGAAUCAUACACAGACUGAUAUAUUUAUGAAUAUAUUUUCCCAUGAAGAGGUUUUGAUUAAACUACAUGUACAGUCAUAAAGCUAGCCAAUUUUAAUGAAAUGUUAUACCAAAGAAAAUCUGAUCAGUAGAACACCAUAACCUUCUUGUGAAUUUUGAAGGUAUUUAUAUUUUCUUACCAUAAGUGAUUCUAUUGAAAUAUAUUUGUCUUCUAUUUGAUAGAAUAAACAGAUUUAGGAUUCUGAUAAAAUGUGGGCCUGUCUUAAGGGUAACACCCAAUUCAGAUCAUCAUUAUCGUUACCUAUUUUCAUACAUUUGAACAAUGAUGUACAUGAAACAACAAUGUCUUGUAAUACUUGCGAACGUUUAAUGAUUUUUUUUUUCAGUGCGAUUGCAAUUAUUGUUUCGCAUAUGAUUUCCACGAAAUGAUGAAUGAGGCUAUUAAACUAUUGUCUUGUGCUUAUUGAUGGAAACACCUAUGAGCAUAUUUAAUUAUUCAUAUUCAUUUAGAAAUUAUUCUGUUUGAUGACUGGUAUUGAAUACCCUAAGCUGAACAACAUCAGGGUCCCGUAACACAAAGCUUAGCAAUUGAUUCUAACGAUUGAUUGUACAUUGAAGUCAAUGGAAUCAAUCGUAUAAAAAUGUUCUACAAUCAUUGCUAAGCUUUGCAUUAUGGGUCCUAAUAGUACAGCUGUAUCGGAAUGAAAUAUCCAAGACAAUGAAAUAUGGCAUCAUUUUAUUUUAGUUAUGAUAUACUCAGAAUUGUCAACACGUUCUAUAUAUCGAUUUGCGUCAUUGAUAAUCUCAAAAGAAAUUGUGCAAUCAUGGUGUAUACCUACUGUGUUUUUGUUUGGCACCUUGUGUAUAAAAUUGCGUAUAGGAUUGCACCCAGUUCCUACAUGUAUGUGCAUUGUAAUGUAUAUGUCACGGCUGGGGGCUGCUUUGUAAAGCUGCCUGCAAGUUGCACACAACUUUCUCGCACUUGACGGAUGACCCGGGCACCGUCUUACAAGGAAUUACAAUUGAGCUGAUCAACCACAACUAUGGAAAGCCAGCACCGUCAACAUCUAAAAUGCAUGUUUGUUCAAAAUGUACUCAAGAUGUGAUGUAUAAUCAUUGCAUUCAUUGUUUUCUUGAAAAUUCAGUGUGCUUCUCUUUGUUUACAAAGGACAUCAUGGAAGUUUCCUGGAGAAAAAAUUAUGACAUUGAUGGAUUUCAAUAUAAUUUAAGAUGAUCAGAUUAAUAGUAACUCUUUGUAAGACGGGCCCCUGGUGGGUGUUUCAUAAAGCUGUUCGUACAGUUACAUGUACGCUUAACUAUAUGUACGACUGGAAUAUGUUGUUAUGUGGUAAGUCAACUACACAGGGAUAGAUCACAUAGCACAAGAAAGGGUCACCAGUCAUGCUACAUGUAUGUCAUCCGUAACUUACAAAACAUCUUUAUGAUACCAGGGGCCUGUCUUACAAAGAGUUACGAUUGAUCCAAUCAAUUGUAACUCUAUGGAAAUCCAUCAGUGUCAUAAUUUUUUCUACAGGAAAUUUGCACAAUGUCCUUUGUAAAACAAAGAGAAGCACAGUGAAUUUUCAAGAAAACAAUGAAUGCAUAAAAAUACAUCAUAGUUAGAAAAUAUUUUGAUCAAUCAUGUAUAAUAGAUGUUGACGUCGCUGGCCAUCCAUAGUUGCGAUUGAUUGGAUCAAUCGCAACUCUUUGUAAGACGGGGCCAGUUUUCAUUCUGUUCUGAGACUAUUGGACUACAGUUCCUACAACCCUAAUGAAAGUUUGCCAGAUAUCGAUAAACUCGCAUAAAUCAACCAUUCGUACGUUGAAUAUCCAUCUAAGCUGAAGCGCUUUUCAGACUAAAUUAGGCAAAACGUGUGUUUUAUUCCUCUUCCAAGUGCAAUAUGUCUGAAGUCCAACAGAUUUCCGUGUUACCAAAAUGUUUGACUUCAGCAAAAUUUUUACCUGUAUUUACUACACAUUCAUGUACUUUGUAACAACAACCAUUUUGAUCUGUACAUGUAAUUAUAGCUGGUGGUCUUUAAAAGUUUCUUAGGAUCUGAUUAAGCACCCAUGUACAUAAUCAUGUAGUGCGUAAAAGGUGUGAGUAUCUUGCAGACGUCUUUACAAAACAAACCGUAGUCUAAAUAGUGAACCAAAUGGUAUGUUUAUUAUGAAUAUACUCGAUGUUGCUCAUUUAGUGUGUGUGUCAUGGAAUUGUGAUUACAUUGUAUGUAUUGGUAUACUUGUAGCACAUGAUUAUUGUUUCAUCCUAGUCAUUCAAAGUUAAUUUUAAAAACUAUAAGGUUUUUAAAUGUAUAUUCUAAGAAUUUACAUUGCUGUUGCUAUCAGAGUUCUCUGCAUGUUCACCUUAAAGGCCCAGAUAUUGAAUUCAGUUAUACAUGUAUGUCUGUAUGUUGUUGAUUAUUCAAAUGUCAACAGAACCAUGUUG